AUGUCCCUGCAAAUGUCACUUUACUACGUGCUUGCAAAUUCCUUUAAUUUGCCAAAAGAGUAUGAUUGCCCUGAUUUUAUGAAAACUGCAAUUAUGACGCAACGACCUAUUCUGGGAGCUUAUUUUUUCACUAGUGGGGUCAUUUUUAUAUUUCUAUAUACGCUUUGUUUCCUUGCAAUUUUGAAACUCAAUCUUCGAGUUCCCGUUAACCAACUCAUGCUGCUGCUAUCAAUUUUGGAUAUUCUAUCACUUAGCAUUAACUCUGUGGCAACUGGUGUUUUCAAUGUUCUUGGGAUAUCCUUUUGCCAAUUUCCGUUUUUAAUAUUUUUGUAUGGGUCAGUUGGUGAAUCAUGCUGGAUGAGUGGGAGUGCCUGUUCAGUCCUUCUCGCCAUUGAAAGAUGUGUGGAAAUUAAUCCCAAUUUCCCGUUGGAAUUUGUUUUCCGCAAGAAAGUAUUUUAUUUUGUUCUUGGUGCAUUGGUAGGUUAUAGCUUUUGGUCAUUGCUAUUCACGAAGCCUGUCCUUUUUUCCGUGGAGUAUAGCUGCUGGUUUUUUGAUCCAAUGACUGGGGAAAAUCCGGAUAUUUUUGUUAGUCACCCCGAAACUGUUAGUAACAUUGUUCUAGUGAUUUGUACGGGUACUCUUUAUUUAUAUCUAUCUUACAAUCUACUUUUCAAACUAGGUUACUCUACUUCGACAUGGCUCUACAAGACUAAACGUCAGAUAAUAUUCCAAGCAGUCAUCCUCUGUGUUUUUCAUGCAACGGUUGCUGGGCUCUACAGUUUUAUGAUGUUUUGCUAUGUCUCUUCACAACUCAUGCUUAUAAGUCAAAUUCUAUGGGCUUGGAGCAGUGGAUGCAUGUGCAUUGCUUACUUAACAUUCAACAGAACAAUCCGGAAUUCUGUGAUAAAAAUUCUAAUUCCAAAAGCGAUCCGAUUACGUCAUGGUUUGCACGUUGGAUUUGAAGAGCACUUGGCACAAACCGAGGCAGCGAACAAUGUGGGAAAAGGAAUAUUAAACGCCGCAGGCUCGGCAGUCAAAUUAAACAAUUUUGUUAUGAACAGUACUUAA